GCAUGCUUAUUUUAGUUGGAGACGGUAUGAGUCAGAAGCCAAAGGAUAUUGCAGUUUGAGGACAUGCAAGAUGCACGACCUCAUUCGUGACCUUGCACAACAUAUAUCAGGGGAAGAAGGUGUUGCGUUGCUAGAGCCAUGCACCGCCACAGCACCAAAGAAAAAUGUGCAUCACUUGUCCUUACCAGGCACCUCCUCGUCUUACAAAAUCCACGAGACGCUGGGGAAAUUUCCUGCGCUGCGGACGCUACUGGUACGAGAUGCAUAUUUUGGAAAAGCUGUGGACAACAUUUCAAGACCGGCCAAAUUAAGAGUGUUAGGAUUCCAUAAUUUAAAUGCUACGAUGUUGCUAAAUCUAGCACAACAUCUCAAGCAUGUCAGAUUCCUGGACAUUUCUUACUCUAAAAUAGCGGAGUUACCUGAAGCUAUCACCACGCUGCUCAACUUGCAGACGUUGAAGCUUUCUGGAUGUCAACUACUACGUAAGUUGCCAAGUAAGAUGAAGAAUAUGAGUGAUCUCAGGCAUCUCUAUCUCGAUGAAUGUACGGAGCUGAGGGACAUGCCCGAAGGCCUGGGGAGAUUAAGCUGCUUGCACACAUUGUCAAAAUACAUCGUGGGUGUUGGUGCUGGGAGAGGAAUAGGACAGCUAAAGGAGUUAAACCUUUCAGGCAAACUAGAGAUAUAUGGCCUGGGAAAAGUGAGAGAUGCUGCAAAUGCAAGAGAAGCUAAUCUCCAUUCUAAACGAGACCUACACUCUUUGUCACUAUGUUGGGGAGUUGUCGAAUGGACUGAGAAAGAAUCACUUUCCGAGAAUGUUGAGACGAGAGCUGAGAAUAGCGAGGUGUUAUUGGAAGCACUGGCACCACCCGACGGCAUAAAGGCUCUAUCGAUCUGGGGCUACGGAGGAGUCAGGUUUCCGACGUGGACAUCAGAUGAGCAAUUGUUGAGUCGGUACCAGCUGCUGGUGGAGAUUCAUCUCGGUGGAUGCAGACAUUGCCAGCAUCUCCCUUCGUUUUGGCAGCUGCCCUCGCUCGAGGUGCUCUGUUUAAAACAUAUGUAUUCCCUGAAGCAUAUCAUCCGUGGUGAAGGUGGAGGUGAUUGCAGAGAACAAACAUUCCCGGCAUUGAAAAGGCUGGUUCUGGAGGGGAUGCCAAGCUUGGAGCAAUGGUGGGAGGUGGAGGGUGGCGGAGCAGUGGAGGAGGGGAAGUGCUUCCCGCACCUUGUUGAGCUAAGAAUCUCAGAGUGCUCGAAGUUGGGAUCAAUGCCACGGUUGCCUUCCCUCAAAUUUCUGGGUAUGCCGAGCGGCAACAGGAUGUUGUUGGGAUCGAUUGAGAACCUGAGCACAUUAGCCUGUCCUCUUGAUUUACGCUGAUAGUGCAACUGUAGAUGCCGAGACACGUUUUACCUUUCCUCGUGAUCUACAGUUCCUUGAAGAAUUACGUAUCGUUGGACGCAACGAGAUCGAGAUACAGGGAGAGGACACGAAGGCAUCAUGGAGCAUAGGGCUUCGACAAUUGUAUACCAGUGACUGCGACUGGUUGUUCUCAUCAAGGCGGUCCAUGUUUUGGAAAAGCCUCGUUUCCAUUCACGCUCUGACAAUCGAUUCUUGUGAAGAUCUGAGGACGUUCCCUGAGGAGUUUCAAGGCUUGAAGUCCUUGAAAUCAUUAGUUGUAAUGGAUUGUGGCAACCUGAUUGAUUUCUCGCCUGCACUUCCAUCAUCAUCAACAACAAUACCAAUUGGACUCCCACCGGAGCUAGAAGAUCUUUGCAUCAUUGAAUGUGGGGGAUUGAAAAAAAUGCCUAGGUGCCCCACGUCCCUCAAAAGACUCAAUAUUCUUGAUUGCAUAAGUCUAACUUCAUUAACAGAAGACAUUGGUCAGCUCACCUCUCUCGAGAGUUUAUUUAUUGAUGAUUGUCCAAACCUACUGUCCUUGCCACUUGAACUGCAACACCUCACGAUGCUUCAUCGGGUGUAUAUCGAGGAUUGCCCGAAGCUUAAAUCAUUACCCCAAGAUUUGUGCCAAUAUCUCUCCGGCCUCCAAUCCGUAACGAUUCCAAUCUUGGGGAAACAAUUCAAAAAAAAGAGGGAAGGCAUCUAGUGUCACGCAUUCCAGAAUCAACAAUUAUGGAAGGUUACCACUGCUUAAUUGUUUCCAGAUAUCUUUUAUUGUGAAACUGUUGAUAUAUUGCGGGAACUGUAUUCCGGCAUUAUGCAUAUAAUUGUGGAAAUAGACUCGAAGACUCUGUACAACAGGGAGGCUCUGACUCUUAAAACUUUUAAGUAUCCUCAUGCAGUUGAAGAAAUAUCAUAUGCUAUGCAGUUAGGAAAAUCUCAUUCGUUAUGCUUACCGGUUUCUAUGUAAUAGUCUUUGGAAUAUAUAUAUGUAUAACAUGAAGAUAAUAGGGUGACAAUAGUCGCCUUGUUGUUUGAGGAGAGAUUGACCUUCUCAUCUUGAUCUUUUGA